AUGUGCGCAAGGCGUGGGUACACGGAGGCAUUGAAGCUGUCCGAACCCAAAUACCAGGAACAGCCGGCGGUGACAGAGGAAGUCGAGCCGCCGUACAAGGGGUAUCGGGAUGCCUGGGAGCAUCCGAAGGCCGCACAAGUGCGCUAUGAGGCCAAGUUCGAGGUUACAGGGAAACCGCACAAGGCAGUUCGAGGUCGCAGGCAUUACGAGCCGGAGAUGCGACGCGAGCUGGAGAGCCAGGUAAAGAGGCGGCUGGAGCUUGGCGUCAUAAGACCGUCCAAAAGUGACGGCGGCAGCACCACACUUUGUCAAGAAAAAGACUGGAGAGUGGAGGUGCGCAUCAGACUACCGGAAACUGAACGAAUCGAUGGUAUCCGACUCCUACCCACUGCCGAGGAUCUGGGAUCACCUGCGGAGGGCGGCAGGACGUAA